AUGGCCGGGACGCUCGUUGGCAACGCAUCGCUGGACAUCCGCCUUGACAUCUACGCCACGGUGAAUCAUUUUCUAACCUCUCUGACCUUGCGAUGGCGAUUUGCGAUGGCGAGUGGCGAAAUAAUGGUGGGUGACGUCACUCAGACGAGGUACAGGAGAGCGACCAAGGCGAUGAUGCGGCUCAACCCGGCGUACCUCAAGUCGUACACCUCGGAGGAGAUCAACGCCAUGGAGUGGGAGUCGCUGGAGUCGGCCAUGGCGCUAUGGAGCCCGCAUUUCCACGUGGAUAUCGCCUCCGUGCUCGCCGUGGAGCGCCGGCUCUGCGCGCACGUGCUCGAGCCCCUGCCACGACCGAGUCUAUUCAAGCAGCUCGACAUGAUUGACGCGGUGGCCCGGGAGAGGGAGCGCCUGGACGAGCUCUUCUCCAGCGAGUCGGCCACGCUGGCCGCCAUCCGCGAGCGCACAUGCGAGGUGGAGCACGCGCUGGAGCGCGCCGCGUCCGGCGUGUUCUUGGUGUUCGGUCUCCGCAUCGAUACGCUCUACGUCACUGACGCCGACGCCGACGUCGGGCACGUGCCCAAGAUCGUGCAGUACACCGUGAACUACCUCAAGUGCCUCGCGUCCGACGACUACCGCGCACUCAUAGACACCGCGUUGCGCGUGGAUCUGGAGCGCAGCGACGAGGACGAGGACACGGGCAAGGGUGACCGCGCCCAGCUUGCCAAGGCGAUGGCGAGCGUGUUGGAGGCUCUGCACCGGCACGUCGAGGCGACGCGGUGUGCCCGGACACGGUGGCGUCGCACGUCAUGGCCAUGA